AACAGAUAGCUGUCAGGGUACGUGCAGUGUGUAUCGUAGACUAUAACCUCGAACGGCUUACACGCAUAUGACAUCUGAUCAUGUUGUGCCGGCAUUGUUCCAAUGAUAAAUUGUCAAGAGAGUUUCCAUCCUAUGAUGUUACAGACAACUGUGACCAUCCAUCUUUGAUAUGCAUGGAGUGCGUGAUCCAGUGUGUUAAAAAGGAGAAGAUGUGUCCCUAUCCUGGUUGUGAAGAAUCUGUGAACCCAGACAGUCACAGUGUGAAAAUGAUGGAGGCUUCAUUGGGUGCUAUGUUCACCGUGUAUGAGAGUACAUACACGCCAUCGGUGGCAAAACAGGGAUGGGACCUCGUUCACGUGACUGUCCUCACGGGUGAAUCCAUUUCCAUUCCCUACUACUCCACCAUGACAGUUUUAAAGCUAAAAGACGAAAUAAAACACCGACUGAAUCACGAUGUCGACAAGCAAAAACUUAAUCACAACAACAAUGAAUUAACAAACAGAUUAAGCAAUGGAAAAUUAGCGACCCUGUCAGACUUCAAUGUACCACCCAACACCACUGUCUACCUGAUGGUGCUGCUCUAUUCUAUCCCAGAGGCUUUUGAUCACGUGGUCUUCGAUCUACACUGGGGAUAUCCUAUAUCCGGUCGUGAUUACCUAGACGCAUCCUGCUUGGUGUAUAAUGGAACAACAAAUAUGGCAAUAUGCGAUUUUCGUGGAUAUCAAUCUGAACAUCAACAUUUCCCUUUGACAGGAUUAUGGCACUCUGGUGAUGUCAUGGAUGCUGUGAAAAGGAUCGGCCAUCACACCAUCAAUGUCCAUCUGAAAAAAAUACCUAGUAAUGUUACAAAAAUGUACUUCACACUAAGUGCUUGGUGUUCUCCGAACAUUUCCAGAUAUCCGAAUCCGAGUUUAAAGUUUUACCAGGCUGAUAACCCUACAGUUGAUCUGUGUAAAACAACCUUUACACACGCAAGUUCUUCUCAGGCGGUCAUUAUGUGUUCAUUGUCGCGAGAUAAUGACGGAAAAUGGCAGAUCUACGAAUCUGGAAAAUUGUCAUCUGGGAACGCAAGAAAUUAUGCACCUAUGAAUUCAACUAUUGUCAACCUGAUCAACAGUGGAUAUUGAUAUCACUUUGUCAUACAUCACAUAUACUAUGUAUACAUGACAAAUCAAAGCCAUUUCUGUAAUUGUAAUCUUAGUGUAGAUGAAAAGACUGCAGACUUUGUGUGAAAUAAUUAUGUGUUAUUUACCUUUGUGCAGAUUAUAAGUCAAUAACCGAAUUGAUCAUAAACAUCAACUAAAAUUAAUAAACUUUUUAUUACAUUUCUAUAUUCUUAUUACAAAGUGUGCUUAUUAAUGAAUAUUGAGUCUGUGAAUCACAAAGAAUUGUUGCUAGUUUUAGAAAUAUAGCUAUUUUCAUCCGGACUAAACGGAAAGCAAGUGAUUUGAGCUGUAUAUGCAUUGUGCAUGUAUAUAUGUCAUGACGAAGUUGUACUUGAAUAUAUAGCUUUGAUAAAGAUAAUUGGGUUUUGUAUCAUUCUUUUCAAAAUGAAUUUGCUUGACAGUUGAUGAUAAAUGAAAAUCUUUAAAACUAUUAAGUAUCAUAUGCAUCCGCCUCUUUAAUAACAAAGAGUACAUACACAUGUAUAUGGUAUAGAAUGUGGAUGUAUCAUAUAUAUGUUGCAACCACAGGGUUGUCUAGGAAUAACCAAUCAACUGGUAAAGUUAGGUUACAGCUACUAACAAGAGAUAACAUUGACUUUCAAACUACGUGUAAUGCUAGUGUAUCUCAUAGCCAUUUCCUGGAGACAAAAUGAAUUUUUGAACAUGGUACAUGUCUAUUAAAGAGUAGCGUAUCUGUUUCAUAAGACAACUAUUACUAUUGAGUGACACACCGAGAAACAUCUUGACCUAUUGUGAAAUGGUAUUUAAAUUUCUAUUUAAAGUCGUUUUAAUGCUUUGACAGCUGAUUAGACUCUUUAAACGAAAUGGUUUUAUGAAAAAUAAAUGCUGUUUGUCCUCAUGU